AUGCUGACUGCAACAGUGUUUGCGGUGCUAGGUGUCACUCUCUGCUGUGGACAAGAACUAUCCCCUGCGCCAGAAACUGAGAUUAUCACACAAAUCCGCAGCCAAACUGUCUACCUACAGGGCAACGCAACAUCGCUGCUCAAUACCUUUUUGAAAUACCAGGAAAAGCCAUUCAGCUGCCCUGGAUUUAGCUUCCCCUCAUGGCAGGAGCCUGGGCUUCCAACAGCAAGUAUGGGCUUCAAGAAAUGGAGGUGCCUGUGCUCAGGGGAGCGGCUUCUGCUGGCCAGAAAUGCCUUUUCAUCCAUCUCUGAAUUCUUCCAGCUCAUCCAAGAUGACCAGUUGUCCUUGAACCCACAAGCCACAGAUUUGCAUCAACUACUAGAAGCUGCUCGGUGGUCUUCGGAGGCCGUGCUUAAUAACCUUGUAACUGCUUUUGAAAUGUUAGGCUUUCAACCUCCACCAUUGCAGCCAGACACCUUGAGCUGGACUUCUGCAGGAGCCACCAGCUUCCAGAAGAAGGUGCGAGGUUAUGUGCUCUGCAGAGAAUACAGAGACUGGCUUUCAAGAGUGGCCAAAGACAUGGAUAUUUUGAAUGGGACACGUAGAUGGAGACAGACUUUUAAUCAGGAGAGGAGAGACUGCUGUAGGUCCUCAAAUGUUAGCUAA